AUGGUUAUUCAAGCGAAUGGAAUCGAUUAUCACGCUAUUGAGAUACAACUGGACAAUACCAUCUUUUCAAAGGAAAAAAUAGAGAACACUCCAUCGCGAGAAGACGGAAUCGACGAAGAAACAGAAAUUGAUUUACGAAAAAUCGGAGCGGAGUUGAUUCAAAAAGCCGGGAUUUACCUCGAUUUACCGCAAGUAGCAAUCGCCUGCGCUCAAGUUAUUUUCCAGCGAUUCUACUUUACGAAAAGUUUGGUCACGUGUGAUGUUUGCGUCGCGGCAAAAGCCUCCAUAUGGCUCGCCUCGAAGAUCGAAGAAGACGUCCGGCGGCCACGUGACGUGAUAAACGUCUUCCAUAUGUUGGAGCAGCAGCGGCUUGGAAAACCCUGCAUCCCGAUGGUCUUCGAUCAAAAAGGCUUGAAAGUCUAUCACGAGAUCAAAAAAGACUUGAUAAAAAUGGAACACAAGAUCCUUGCCGAAGACGAUUUCAAAUAA